UGCCAUCCUCGGAAGGCUUAUUCCUCCUAUGGGCAAAGGAGCAAAGGGAGCCCGAGGGAGACAGAAGAUGAAGGCGAGCGCAGGGAGGUACGGGCUGGUGUGGUGGCUGCAGGUACUGUUGCCCUUCCUGUUGUCUUUGUUCCCCGGGGCUCUCUCAGACCAGAUCCGCUAUUCAAUUCCAGAGGAGCUGGCCAAAAACUCGGUCGUAGGAAACCUCGCCAAGGAUCUGGGGCUCAGCGUCCGGGACUUGCCUGCCCGGAAGCUGCGGGUUAGCGCGGAGAGAGAAUAUUUCACAGUAAACCCAGAAAGCGGGGACUUACUUGUGGGUGACAGAAUAGACCGAGAGCAGAUAUGCGGGAAGCAGCCUCUGUGUGUUCUGGAUUUCGAUACUGUCGCUGAAAACCCACUAAAUAUUUUCUACAUAGCAGUAAUUGUGCAGGAUAUAAAUGAUAAUACCCCACUAUUCAAACAGAGUAAGAUUCAUUUAAAAAUUGGCGAAUCCACUAAGCCAGGUACAACAUUUCCACUUGACCCAGCCCUGGAUUCAGAUGUUGGUCCUAAUUCACUACAAAGAUACCACCUUAAUGACAACGAGUACUUUGAUCUCGCUGAGAAACAGGCUCCAGAUGGACGUAAAUAUCCUGAGCUGAUUCUAAAACAUUCUCUGGACAGAGAAGAGCACAGUUUCCAUCAACUGGUCCUCACAGCUGUGGAUGGUGGAGACCCACCUCAAAGCGGCACGACCCAAAUCCGAAUCCAAGUCACGGAUGCCAAUGAUAACCCUCCAGUGUUCAGCCAGGAUGUGUACAGGGUCACCCUGAGGGAGGACGUGCCCCCGGGCUUCUUUGUGCUUCAAGUGACAGCCACUGACCGGGAUGAAGGCAUAAACGCGGAGAUCACCUACUCCUUUCAUAAUGUGGACGAACAAGUCAAACACUUUUUCAGCUUAAAUGAAAAAACAGGAGAAAUCACGACAAAGGAUGAUUUGGAUUUUGAGAUUGCAAGUAGUUACACUCUGAGUAUUGAAGCAAAAGAUCCUGGAGAUCUAGCAGCCCACUGCAGUAUCCAAGUUGAAAUUCUUGAUGAGAAUGAUUGUGCACCUGAAGUUAUUGUGACUUCAGUAUUUACUCCCCUACCAGAGGAUUCGCCACCAGGAACAGUCAUCGCCUUGAUAAAAACGAGAGACAGAGACUCUGGAGAAAAUGGAGAAGUUUACUGCCAAGUGUUGGGAAAUGCCAAGUUUAUUUUGAAAUCUUCCUCAAAGAACUAUUACAAACUAGUGACAGACGGCGCCCUGGACCGGGAGGAGAUCCCAGAAUACAAUCUCACUAUCACAGCCACCGACGGAGGCAAGCCGCCUCUCUCCUCCAGCAUAAUUGUCACCCUGCACAUCUCCGACGUCAACGAUAAUGCCCCACUUUUUCAACAGACUUCCUACAUGGUUCACGUGGCAGAGAACAAUCCUCCUGGCGCCUCUAUCGCUCAAAUCAGUGCCUCUGACCCUGACUUGGGCCCCAAUGGCCAAGUUUCCUACUCCAUCGUAGCGAGCGACCUGGAGCCGCGGGAGAUUUUAUCCUACGUGUCCGUGAGCGCGCAGAGCGGGGUGGUGUUCGCGCAGCGCGCCUUCGAUCAUGAGCAGCUGCGCGCCUUCGAACUCACACUGCAGGCCACCGACCAGGGCUCACCUGCGCUCAGCGCCAACGUGAGCCUGCGUGUUUUAGUGGGCGACCUCAAUGACAAUGUGCCAUUGGUGUUGUACCCCGCGCUGGGGCCCGAUGGCUCCGCCCUCUUCGAUAUGGUGCCACGCGCCGCAGAGCCCGGCUACCUGGUG